UUGCGACAGUUGCAAAAAGCGGAAGUGUCAGCGGCGACUAGCAGCAGUUUGAGAAGAAUGAUCAAUGUGACGCAUCCGCACCUUCUUUCUCCGGUACGGCUACGUCAGCAGCUAACGUAGCCCAGUCUGCUACCUCUCUGCUCUGCGAGGGUGGACACGUAUGUGAGGUAUGAGGUGACAGUAUGUGACGUGUGUAAGAAUGUGCGCCUGCUUGUCUGUGGAGAAGGAGAGACAAGAAAGAGUGAGAAGAGCCUGAAGUGUACUGCCCGCAGCUAAAAGCAACUGCGUGAGAAGUGGUAUUCCAACAAUGUGGCUCCAGCAGCGACUCAAGGGGCUCCCCGGCUUGCUCUCGAGCAGCUGGGCUCGAAGAAUGAUCCUGGGACUGCUCAUCUUCCUCAUCUUCUACUGGUACCUGGGUGCCGAGCGCAAGUGGCGCUUCUUUAGCGGCUCGGCCAUGCCCGGCGGGGCGGCGGGACUGUGUCUGGAGGCGGAGAUCCACAGGUGGAAGUCCCUUGUGGAACGCGGGGAGGGUUUGUACAGCACAUCCCAGGAACAAGUGGACACACCUUUUGUAACGGGCAACGGCCACAUUCUUGUUGACACUGACUUCAACAAACUGUGGGUGGCGUCCUCCUCACAGCCCGGGUCAGCCCCGGUCCACCAGGUGGAUUAUUCCCCCAUUGCGAGCGUUCAUCUGGAGGGCCAGCAGGCUGAAGCACGGGCAACCAUGAUGUGGUUCCGGAAAGGAUCCGUGCUAUCGGUCCGCUGUGCCGCACGGGGGGCCGCGCAGUCCUCCCGGGGCUGCGUCACCAUCAGAGAGGAGUUUAUCGCCCACAGGAGCCGACACAACGUCUAUCUUCAGAGAGUCCACAUCAACAACCCCACUGACAAGCCGGCCACCUUCGAGGUGUCCUCCAAAACCACGGACUUUGACAGAAAGUUCUCCACCAGCGUGGACAAAGUGGAGAACAAGGAGAUCGUCCUGGCGUCAGGGCGAGUUUCCCUGGAGAAGAACCGCAUGGUGCUGGUGGUGGUGGUCACCAAGAAGCUCAGCGGCAGGAUCCAGGUCUUUCCUAACUCCGAGUACACGGACAACAUCGUGUCUGUGGUGAGGACUUCGCAGCCCAUCGAGCCUUCAAAGCUGGACGAGACCUUCGUGAGCCUAAGGGAUGAAGCCAAAAAAGAGCUAGGAGAGCUCCUGAGGGCAAACGUGGACGACCUGGUCAUAGACCACCAACAGGCCUGGAUGGACCUCUUCAUUUCCGGCGUGGAGAUGAGGAAGAUCACGGACUCGCACACGCCGUCGAGCCGCACGGUGAACGCCACGCUGUACUACAUGCUGUCGUCCUGGGCGGCUCCCUUGCUGGAGCGGCGGCUGGGCAGCGAGGAGCGCGGCGCCCUGGAGUCCAGCCUCAACUACGCCGACCACUGCUUCAGCGGCCACGCCACCAUGCACGCCGAGAACCUGUGGCCCGAGCGGGUGAGCAGCGCCGCCCAGAUCCUGCAGCUGGUCACGCUCUGGACCCUGACGCUGCAGAAGCGCGGCUGCAAGGCGCUGGUGGCGGCCGGCGCCCACGGGGCCAUGCAGGGCAUGGCGCUCAGCUUCGGGGGGCUGCAGUUCACGGAGCACCACCUGCAGUUCCAGGCCGACCCGGACGUGCUCCACAACAGCUACGCCCUGAGGGGGAUCCGCUACAACCGGGACCUCAUCAACCUGGCGGUCCUGCUGGACGGCGAGGGCAAGCCCUUCCUCCACGUGUCCGUCAAGCCGCAGGAGAAGCCCGUCAAGCUGUACGCCUGCGAGGCCGGCUGCCUCAACGAGCCCGUGGAGCUCACCUCGGAGGUCAAGGGUCACACCUUCCCCGUCAUGGUCACGCAGCCCAUCACCCCGCUGCUCUACAUCUCCCCGGACCUGCGCCACCUGCAGGACCUGCGCCACACGCUGCACCUGAAGGCCAUCCUGGCCCACGAGGAGCACAUGGCCAACAGGUACCCGGGCCUGCCCUUCCUCUUCUGGUUCAGCGUGGCCUCGCUCAUCACGCUCUUCCACCUCUUCCUCUUCAAGCUCAUUUACAACGAGUACUGCGGCCCCGGCGCCAAGCCCCUCUUCCGCAGCAAGGUAUGACGGGACCUGGACAGGCAGGCGGGCAAAAUACUGCAAACUGAUUUUUUUUUUUAAUUGUGUGUGUGUGUGUGUGUGUGUGUGUGUGCGUGUGUGUGUGUGUGUGUGUGUUAGUGUGUGUGUGUGGUGGCGGCACAGAUCUCUCUCUUCCCAUCACAACAUCCUUUACUCAAUGUUGUCCCUCAACAAUACUAAACUACAAGUUACAAUCAGUAUUUCAGCACACUAAAUCAGGGGGGUUCAAACUAUCUAGUGGUCAACGUGAGUCAUUCAGGUCAAUGACCUUUAAAUUAUGAUCUGCACAGGAUUAACUUAUAUGAACCAAUGCAAACAACCUUCCCAAGUCAAGGUGCUAAAAAAUAAAAAUGUCAACGGACAUGGUCACACACACAUAACACCGAACUUUGGGGAUGUUAAUAUCCAGGCACCAUAAACAAUUCUAAAUGACACCCAUUUCAAUCCAUUACAAAGCAUGAUGGGAAAAUGCAAAACUCCCCACACUUAUCCAUGUUUGGUGCGUUUUAGCUGCUUGAUGCUUCUGAUUGAUUACAAAACUUUAAGAAGGGUCAAACUUUCACAUACGCCUGAUAUCCAAUUAUAUUACUAUUAAUUAUAUAUAUUUUAUAUUAAUAACACACACACAUGUAUAUGCAUAUAUAUAUGUGUGUGUGUAUAUUAUAUAUAAUAUAUAUAUAUAUAUAUAUAUAUGUCAGCUAGUGUGUGUGUGUAUGUAUAUAUAUAGAUAUAUGAAUAUAUAUAUGUGUUUGUAUAUAUAUAUAUAUAUAUAAAAAUAUGUGUGUGUGUGUGUAUAUAUAUGUAUAUGUAUAAAUAAUAAUAAAUGAACACACCUGAAUGUAUGUAAUAAUAUCAUUUUUGAGCCCACCCCUAAGUCAAAAGUUUGGACACCCCUGCUCUAAGUGAUGUUGACUUGAAAGGAAACAAAAAAAAGGUUAAAGUUUCUCUAACAGACAUGUUUCAUUUCAAUCUUCUAUGACCAACAAUUUGAGUUUUUGACUUUUAAGCUGUGAGACUAAAGUACAUUCAAGACCUUUUCUAGAGGAAUUUUGCCUAUCAUUCACAAUCAUUUAAGACAACAAAUGUUUUUUUAAUGCAUUCUAAAUCAUAAAAGUCGACACGUACGAGGUGGCUAACAAUGUAGCCAAUGCAAGUACUCUUCUGCCCAUAAAUACACCAACAGUACUUCAUUUACAUGUUGUGACCUGAAUAUUAACCGAGUAUAUAUUGUUACUACUUGUGCUAACACCGAGGAACUACUUUUAGCGGCGUCGUGAUCACAGAGCCCUUGACCUGCUCAAGUCCUCUGAGUUGGUGAAAGUUAAUUCUAGAUGAUAAAUCAUGCCUCUCACCUGGAUAGCAGAAGGUUGUGGACAUAAACCGACAAGGUGGUUCACUUUGACAUCCAACUUAGACCCGGAGAUGGCGAGAAAGGCACAAAAAGACGCUUGUUUGCGGCACUGUUUUUUUUAACGCUUUGUAAGAAUUAUGAUUAAAUCUUCAUCCAAACAGGAAGAUAUAAACAUCCCAUCAGUCUUUAUCCCAGGGAUAGCAGACAUUGUACAGUAAGUGAUUGCAUUAUUAUACUGCUACUUGAUGAUUAGUGUUUGACUAAAGCUGCAUCUGCUUAGCACACAACUUCUAAAACUUGUAGGUCAUCCUCCUCAUUUUCAGGUUCAAAAACAUAAGGUUCUGGAUGUUCAUUUUUCCUAGAGUAGUUUUUGUUGUCUCAUCAAGUCUGCAUGAUUAGUCAUCUUGUUGUUGAAGGGAAAGUGAACGUUGUGCGUCUGUGAAAGGAUUAUGUAUGCUUUUAGUCAGCAGUUCUUUACCUUUUGGACCUCAGGGCCCAACUUUUCCAACACACAGGGGCCCACUCAAAUUUUAGCACCAAAUUAGUAAUCUCACUCUUUAUUCAUAUUCUAUAAUUAUAUCUUCCUGUAAAUGACUAAGAGUUUAACAGGAUAAACCUUGUCAAAAGAUAUGAAAGGAUGUGUUUAUCACAAAGAUUAAUAUCAAGACUUAGGUCAGGCUGAUUACAAAAAAAAAAUGGUGAUAAAUAUACAGCAUAAGAAGGCACGCCAAAAAACUGAUGAGUAAUAUUCUUACAUUUGAUAUAUUUUUUUAAUGUACAUACAAUUGCACAGUGCUAAAGUAAAUAUAUCAUCCAUCCAUUUUACUACCGCUUGUCCCACUUUCUAACUUGAUUACAAAUAAAUAACAUAUGGUUCUUAAAUGAACUGUUAAUAAAAUGAACAAAUGACAAGACAGCUUCACUACUUUAGUCAUCAUUUUUGCACUUCAACUUCUGUUUGAUUGACAUUGGCAUUACUGCCACAAGUGGUGGAAAGAUGUAUUACAAGUGAGUACUACUGCUACUACGAGACAUGUAUACUUCCACUAUAAAGUCAUGUAUAGGCCACUCCAAACUUCUGGAUUUACAACAAAUACAAAGGUGACUUCCUGUCCUCCAUCAGCAUUGUGAAUGAGAGGCAAACUUCUGGAUUUACAACAAAUAAAAAGGUGACUUCCUGUCCUCCAUCAACAUUGUGAAUGAGAGGCAAACUUCUGUAUUUACAACAAAUAAAAGGUGACUUCCUGUCCUCCAUCAACAUUGUGAAUGAGAGGCAAACUUCUGUAUUUACAACAAAUAAAAGGUGACUUCCUGUCCUCCAUCAACAUUGUGAAUGAGAGGCAAACUUCUGUAUUUACAACAAAUAAAAAGGUGACUUCCUGUCCUCCAUCAACAUUGUGAAUGAGAGGCAAACUUCUCCUUCAGUGCCGCUGGGAACAAGAAGUGUGUUCAAUACAUUCAAACAUUUGUGCUUUUCAGCAACUUACUCUUUGAUGACUAAUCAACCUCUGAAUGCUAUUACUGCACAGUGAAGGUGUACACACAGGUGUGUAUGUCUACAUGCAGGUGUGUACUUGUACAUGCAGGUGUGUACUUCUACACGCAGGUGUGUACUUCUACACGCAGGUGUGUACUUCUACACGCAGGUGUGUACUUCUACACGCAGGUGUGUACUUCUACACGCAGGUGUGUACUUCUACACGCAGGUGUGUACUUGUACAUGCAGGUGUGUACUUGUACAUGCAUGUGUGUACUUGUACAUGCAGGUGUGUACUUGUACAUGCAGGUGUGUACUUGUACAUGCAGGUGUGUACUUGUACACGCAGGUGUGUACUUGUACACGCAGGUGUGUACUUGUACACGCAGGUGUGUACUUGUACAUGCAGGUGUGUACUUGUACAUGCAGGUGUGUAGUUGAUCCUGACACAAGGCGCUGAGCACUUUGCCAGACGUCUCUUGGUUGAUUUCUUCCGUGUGUGUUGAUGUUUUGUAAUGAUUCACUCGAUUAAAUUAACAAGAAAUCA